AUGUUAUCAUCAAAUCUUACAACGGAGCCAUCGUCAAUGAUAACGACGGCUGAUGAAGAUUCUGAUUAUGCUUGGCGAAUGAGAAUUUAUCCAAAUGGAAUACAUGAUCAUCCAAAUCUUGUAUCGUUAUACUUGGAAGCAAUUCAAACACCUUUUGAAAAAAAUAAUUGUUGCAUCGAAAGAAAUAACAUCGAAUUCAAAUUUUUAGAUUCUUUAUCUUUGGUGUAUGAAACUAACACGCAAAAAUUUGAUUUUGAUUUACAAGGUGCACGUGUUAUCAAUGGGUUCCCUUCAAUUGGAACAUUCCAGAGAGAAGAAAUUAAUUUAUUAGUAAAACUUCAUAUUUAUACCUAUACUAAAUCACAGUUUCAAGAUUAUUAUAAAGGAUUCAAUAAUGAACAAUCUUUAACUACAUUCGAGAGAUUUUACAAUCAUGACGCUUAUUUUGAUGUGGAAUUUACAUUUGAAGAGGAAAAUUAUAAUAAUGCUAAUACAAAAAAUUCUAUAAAAGCUCAUCUUUAUUAUUUAUAUUCUUUGAAAUUAAAGGAUAAUUUAUCAUUUGAUCUGCUAAAAGAUAUUUACAUCAAUUCUGGGAUAAUGGGAUUAGAAAAUUUGUGUAAAUUAGCAGCUGAUCAAUUGGUAAAUUUGAUAAAUUAUGAUAAUUGGGAUCAAGUAUUAAAAGUUGCUUGGGAUUCAGAUAUUUUGUCUAGUAAAUUACAAUUAAAGAAAUCAGCUUUAGAUUUUGUACAUGGUAAUUGGUCAAUUAUAAGAAAUACUGAAAAUAUGAAACAAUUAUUAGCUUCUGCAACUAUAGAAUGUAUAGAAGAACUAAUGGAAACCAAAAUAUUUGGUACUCCAAAAUGA